AUGCGAAGAAACUACUUUCUCUCAUGUAUACUGUACAAAGCUAUUAAUUUCGAUCAAUGUCAAUUAUUCCGUAAUGAAUUAAUUUUUUUGCAACCGAUGUUGCGCAGAGGAGAUGUACGACAAGAUUAUCUAAGGCUCCCAGCUAGCCAUCUUGCUUUUUAUGAUAAGUCAUUUAUAGUAUCAGCAAUACGCGUUUGGAACACAUUACCACCAAAUCUUACAAACUUUGAUACUUUUAAUGAAUUUCGAAGCGCUGCUUUCAACUAUUUUCGUAGUCUAGAAUCGAUUAUUUAA